AUGGCAUCACCUCGUAGUAGUAGUUAUUCCUUUAUCUAUAUCGGGCUAAGGCAUGACUGUGACGGUCUGCUGAGAGGAACUCAAACUGAAGCAAAAGAGAAUCGGGCUAAAGGGAAAAAGAUUAAGGAAUCCUGCUGGUUGUAUAGGCCAUCCACCUCAACAAUUCAAGAGCUUCAAGAGCUUCUAUCCCAUGUAGAGCUUUUAAAAAGUAUGUACGAGAUGAAAGGGCUAUAUGGGAUAGAAGCUAUUGAAUUGUUGAGGUGGGUGGCAUUUAAAAAUAACCAAGUUCCUUCAAGUUAUGAAGAAAUUUUAAACCGUGCAGUUAGAUAUGCCUCUGGACUUCCGUUAGCUAUAGAAAUAAUCGGGUCCAAUUUAUUUCGAAAGAGUAUAGAGGAAUGGAAGAAUACAUUAGAGGGGUACGAAAAGAUUCCCAAUAAAGAGAUCCAGAAGAUACUUCGAAUAAGCUACGAUGCUUUGGAGGAAGAGGAACAAAGUGUUUUUCUAGACAUUGCUUGUUGUUUCAAAGGGAGUAUACAGGUGGAAGUCGAAAAUAUACUUCAUGCGCAUUAUGGUCACUGUAUAAAACAUCAUGUUGGAGUGUUAGCAGAAAAAUCUCUCAUAAAGAUUAAUUCUCAUGGGAGACCUUAUGUUAAAGUGACAUUACAUGAUUUGAUAGAGGACAUGGGUAAAGAAGUCGUCCGACAAGAAUCACCUAAAGAACUUGGAGAACGUAGUAGGUUGUGGCAUUACGAUGAUAUAAUUCAGGUCUUAAAAGAAAAAACUGUGAGUAAGAUUGAUAUUUAUGAACAUUGUUCUUUUUAGAGUUAUACAUAACUAUCUCAAACUAGUUUUUUUAUUGCAUAUAAAUUUCUCGACUUUAUUCUUUUUCUUUUUUUUUUAAAGGGAACUAGCAAAAUUGAAAUGAUAUAUC